ACAUUUUCUUCUUUUUUUUCCAUUCCCCUCAGCUCUGUUCUUGGGAUCUCUGCAUAAUAUAUCUUCCUCGAGUUGUGUCUGGACCCAAGUAUUUAAGAAGCAGCGUUGUUGGAAAUACUGGUGCUGCACUAGGUGUUUAAAAUUAAUAAAUACAUCUUUAGACUGAGAUAGGAAAUGUUCCGAUGGGUAGAGAUUGCAUUCCUGCCGAUGAAGAGCCUCCCAGGGCAGCAGCACAUUCUUAUAUCUGCCCAGGGACAUGGAUGCAGAUAUAUACCACCAGGAAAAUUCCUAAAUAGGGAUUUUAAAAUACAGUAAUGUAAAGAACUAUUUUUUCUUAAGGUGCUUACUGUUCUCUUUCAGCCUGUGCUCACAUUCAGAGUUAUUGGUGAUACUUAUUCUGGGAAAGUGUUGUGCUGUUUUGUGGAGUGUGUUCACCCUUUCUGAAUGAUCAUUCUUGGAUGGCUGUGGUUUUCGUUUUCCUGUCAAAGUCUCUAAUGUUACAUUAGGGAAUAAUCAGUCCCAGGUCCUACCUGCUUAGUUACAUUUGGCCUAUUGUAUCUACUUUUUUUUUUUUUUCUGAGUAUUUGAAGCAAAAUAGUUGAUGCAGUCCUAGGAAGUUCUGUUUACAUGCAGCAGAAAGUAGGAACACAGCAUCUGUAGAAAAGUAGAGAACUGAAAAGUGAUUGUUGUAAAAUCAUGAACAUUAAAAUGUGAAGAUUUAUGUGUUAGGUAGUUUUGUUUUGGAAGUAAAUGGCUUACAAUAGUGAGAGAAACUUAUCCAUCUUUCACAAUGGAAGACAGGUAAAGAACUCCAUAGUAUUACUGAGUAUUUAGUACUGUAUUCACACUUUUGCUUGUCCUUCACAAUUUGAUGCACUUGUAAGGUGAUCUUUACGUGGUAAGAGGAAGGUGUCUUUGACUUUUAUUUCUUCUGCUAUGAGUGGGGAUUCUGAAAACAUGCUGCCUGGCACUAUUCCUCUAAAUGGAAAGCAAGAAAGGUGGCACUAUCAUAGAUAUAUAAUAGUUGCUUUCUCAUUAAUAUAUAAUAAAUCCAUAACUUGCAAGUAACCUUUACAUCAAUUGAAGAAUCAUUAGUUGAAACAAAGUAUGGUGCUUUGUCAUAAGAGAAGUAUGAAUAUAAGAGAAAUACUUGAAAUAUUGUGGAAAUUUUCUUCUGAAAUUAUUACUGACAAUAUGCUGAAUUAGUUGAAUAUCAUAAAAGCUAUACGUUUAUGUGGCGCUUAAAUAUUUAGAUUCACAUGGAGUUAAGUAAAAUUCUACCUGUAAUCUAGAGCCUAAUUGAACUUAGUAAGAAACUCUGUUAUGAGCAGGUUGCUCCUUAACUAUUUCUUGCUUAUUUUUCUGAGAUGUGGUUAUGGACUACUAGUUACUGAGAUGUCUACCACAAGUCUGUUCAGAGUGCCCACUCUUAAUUUUUUCUUUAGUGCCUUUUUUUUUUUUAGAGUAGAUGGGAAGUGAUACAAAUUCUCAUCGUUUUUGAGAUUUCCUGGUUAUUAGUCUCUAACUCUGGGAUCUAAGAAUCCAUGGGUCAGGCUGUUGAACUGGAGACUGUUGUUCAGCAAUAUGUCCACAAGGCAGUCCAGUUUUCCAAAUCAUAAUGUGAGUUUGGUUACGGAAACAGCAGCAAUAGUCCAACAGACUCAGAUCUGUAUUUCUGCACUCUUACUUUUUAGUCUUGCCAUGAAUAUCUUAAAUGUUUUGUUUCAACGUGGGCGUGUUCAGUAUUGCUUCUUGUCCUUCAGGAAGCAGUUAUUCGCUGCCUUGGUAACUGCCUUCUGACAAGAAAGUAUCGUUUUUAUCCAUUGAUCAGGUAUUUGGCAGGAGAGAAAAACCAGUAUAAAUCAAAGCAGACUAAAAUACUUCAGAGUUUAUUAGAAUGGAAGUUGUAAUUUGAGGAGAGUUAUCUAGGGCCUCUAAUGGGUUUUUCUCGUGAAGUAUCACAGCACAGAAUCUUGAGUUGUGAUCCUGUUACAAGACUUCUUGAGGCAAGAAAGAUUAUCUUGACUGAAAAAAGUAACUUCUAGUUUUAUUGCCCUUCCUCCAGUCAUUAGAGACACUUGUGUUAUAUGAAAAAAAAUGCAAGAUACCAUUUUUCUGCUAUUUUAGAAAGGUGCCAAGAUGCUUUGGGACAUAACAGUGAAAAGAGAGAGCUUCAGCGUUCACAUUUUCAAGAGGAGAUUUCCCAAACAUCAACUGAACCUCAUUAUUUGCACCUGGUGCAAGAUUCAAGCAUGCAAAGCUAAAAUAUACAUUAGGUCAAAGCAGGAAAUUUAGAUAGAGCAAGGGAGAAAAUGUAAACUGCUGUAAAGCUGCAGUGCCAAUUAGUCUGCAAAUGCUUUGCUGUAGGGAGGAAUAGCUCACAAGUCUGAACUACGAUAGACAGAGCAGGCUUAUUUGUUCGACAGCAAUAUAGUGCAGCAGUUGUCAUCCCAGGGAAAGGAAGUCUUUUCUCUGACAUCUUGAGUAGCUUAAAAUUUCCAGCUAUCUCAACUCUGUGCAUUUUGAAAGAAAAGGCAUUGUUGCUAACUGAAUUCAGUAUAAACAGUGAGCAACUAGAUGGAUGAACAGAAGUCUUCAGUAGUGUUCAAAUUUUAUUGAGGAAUUUCAGUUGAAAUGAUGCACUUUGUCACAGGAAAACCUUCUGCCAGAAGUGAAAUCCUUGUGCACAAGUUGUCUUGUCUGUCCCAUGUAUGCAUAUCACCCUUUCGUAUUCAGUAUACUUAGUAUAUUAUGAUCUGAUUUUUGUUUUGAUUUUAGUAAAGAUAUGCUGGCUGACUGGCUGCUCUGUUAGAAGGCAGAGUAUGAGUGGCAAACUGAUAAACUGAGUUUUGAUAAUGAGUCUGUACUGAUGUAGAGUGAAUUUAUAACCGAUUUAAUGGUUUGGCUUGCAGUGUUAAAGUUCCAGGUAAAUUUAAGGUUGUAUAAACUGGGCUUAAAAUUGUAUCUCUCUGGAAUUUUAACAUUGGUUUGACUAAAUUACUUGUAAAUAUAACUUGGAAUAACUGGCCUGAGUAUUGCUGAAUUCCAUGAAAAUAAGCAGGUACUUUGAGUUCUUUGUCCUUUUUAGCGGCACACCUCAAGGAGAUCUUGAAUGAGCAUGUGGAUGAGAGGAUGAGUGUUUGUUGAGUAUCUAGUGUCAUGCUGGUAUGGUAUCUGGCAGGCUUUCCUUUGCAGGCAGUUUUAAUACUUUCACACUGUGUAUUCUCUCCAGGCUGAAUGCUCUCCCAAUUCAUUUAAUAACUCAGGUGGAUGUCUUACGUUGUUUUUACUUUAAAUUAAUGUGAGUUUUUCAGGACCUUAGCUUCUUUUUUUCACCACCAUCAAAACUGUUCUUUCUGGUAGUUUUCACUUCUAUCUGUGGGCUGUUUCAUAUUGCACCUUUCACAAAAAUAAUGCGGUUGUUAUCCACUAGACCUCAGCAUCUAACAUGUUGAAGUGAAACUGUUGUUCUGUAAACAUCUUAUCAUUUAGAUUUCAGGCUUUGACUGAACCCAUGAAUAUUCUAUUUUUGCCUCAAACUAUGCAGUUCAAAAGAUAUUCCAACAAAUGCAUGCUGUCCACAAAUCUUUUAGACUGUUGGAAAGGGAAUAUUCAUGUCUGUUUUUUUCCAAAGCAGUGGAGUUGGUUAUUUAUGAAGCUUGUAAUUCAGAUGAAGUAUUUAGCAGGCAGUGUCCAAGUCUACACACAGAAAUGAUGGCAUCUUUCUUACUACGUGUUGAGAUUUGCAUGAUGGACACCACGCAUCUUAUUAUCUGCAAAAUCUUACAAGAUAAAGCCUUGAUAAAUGAUUCUUCAGAAGGCAAUGAAAUAUUGGUCUUUCAGGAAGAGAGGAUGUAUUUUGAAUGUCACAUCUAGCUUUUGAAUUUCAUGUGGGCACAACAGAGUGUAAAAGUAAUUCUUCACUUAUUUAUAGUUUCAUAUUCCUAAGCAGAGCACCAUCUUAAAAUCUUUUUGCCAACUUACCUAUGCUUCCUUGUUAUCUGCCUUGAAAAAAUUCCUGUUCUCUGUUUAAACUCCUAAAUUAAAAAACAUACAUCAGGGUGACAGGUCAAUGUAGUGAAGUAUUGUAUGUCUUUGUUUUUUCCGUGUCUUGCCUGUCAUUGUUUUAUGACUGUACAAUGUGUCGCGUUAUUUAUGAGUGAAACAGUAAAGAUUCCUUGCACAGUCCUAAGUGACAUUAGAAGUGAUACCAUUAAAAAUUAUCAAUAUGCAAAAUCUUUGGGAGGAAAAAAAGGGUUGUAUAUAUACUUCUGUAAAGCAGUUUUGACUGCUCAGAAAUCCAUGGUUAUAUGCUUUGGUGACUUAAGAAAAGUUAAGUGAGGAUAUUCUGAUAUUUAUGGAAUAAAGCCACCCAUGUUACAUUUUGAAUUGUGCAUUCAUGACCAGAAUUUGAUCACUAGCAGAGAAUGGCUGUAGGUGGUACUGUCUGUAUUUAGCAGUGUGGAAGCUGCUUUGACACUAAUUCUCUGAUGUAGAAAUUUGCUUUACAGUUUCUUUGGGUUUAAAAGUAUUUUGUCAUUUAAUUCAAGGCUGAAUUUAAUAGGCAUUUCAUGGGGAGCAUUUUUGUGAAGAAAAUAAUUUAGGCUAUGCUUAGGUGUAGAGCUAAUUCAGACUAUUCUGGUGUCUUUCUGAAUUUGCAGGGAGCCUAAACCAUUAUCUCAGUGAUGAGAAAUCUGAAAAAAUAAUGAGAUUGUUGGUUUAAAUACCAGCACUUUUAUAACUACUUGCAAGUUACAUUAACAAAAAUGCCUGACUAGUGUACUUCUCUGAGUUCUCAAUAGGCUACUACAUUCCUGAUAUAGCUGAAAGUUGUAGCUUCCAGUUAUUUAUAUGAGAGAACUUUUCUGGUAACUUCUGUAAGGUAGUUUUGUAUGCCCACAAAAGUGUGGGAUACAUCAAGUAGAAGAAAUAGGCAACAGCACAGGGUAAUAAAUCUCUCAUGAAAAAGUUUAGUUUUUUAUAUAAAUGAAACUGCUUUUGAGAUUGCAGACUGUCAUACUUCUAUAUGAAGUCAUAAAAAUAAAAAGUCAUAGACUGUGCCACUUGUUUUAUUUUUCUUUGAAUUCCUACGGAUUUGGGUUUUCAGUUACACUUUUUUUGCUCUUUCCAUGCCAGAACAUGAAAAGGGGUGGGGCAGGUGGAGAGAGUAGUGGAUGCUGCAUAGAAGUGUAUUUUUUUUCGUUUUUAAGAAGAAUACAUAGAAAAAGUUUUAGUUUGUGUUUAAACACUGGCAAAAAGGACUACUGGGAAAGCAGACAUGAUAUGGCAGGUCACCAUAGUAAUUAGUAUCAACCAAUAAGAAAGGUCAUGGUUCCUGGUUUAGGACAAUACUUAAGAAGGGAGAAGAGUUUAAAAAGAUGGCUAUAAUUCAGUUUGGGCUGUGGGGGGAGAAGGUCAAACCAAGAACUUAAUAUGUGGAUGCGUGUCCAAAAGCAACUAGGAAGACCUUGCCAGUUCAGUAGCUCUUGAAAUGCUGGUGGAUGUGGGCAUUCCCUGGAACAGAGAUUUUAGGUUUCUGAGUUGCUGCCGAGAUUCUGUUGGUGAAUAAAGCAAAAUGUACUUGGAACUCAUUUCUAAGCAGUAACUCCUUUAAGUUUGUACACUUUAAUUCUUUUUCUUCUUGCACAGUGUGACAGUGAAUGAGGCUGUGCGUGUGUAAAGGAACUUGUCUUAGCAAUGAUCUCUUUCAGAGACCAUGUAUGGGUAAAGCAGUUCGGCUGGUUCAGCUCCUGCUCCUCCCUCUCACAGAGCUGAGCAGAAUCUCUUCUGCUGAAACGGUUGCACCACUUUCUGCUUUCUAUAUUUGUCCAGCAGCAGCACACUGGAAACUAGGCAGUGUGGCUGGCCUGGUGGGCAUUUGCUGAGCAGAAUUGAGAGCCAGGGCUUACAGUCUCUGUUACAUCCGUCUGUCUGUCUGUCUGCGUCUCUGGGGAGGACUGGAGUUCCAAGUGAAAGGUGAUCUGUUUGUGGAUGUUGUGUUUUUUGUAAAAUUCAGUUCAUUCAAAUUUGGGAGUCUAGGGACAGAGAGCAGAGGAGGGAAGGCAGUUGACUUGCAGGGACAGUAUGUAUAUAGUGAGUGGCAGUGGCAUCAGAAAGAUACAGACAGAUUUAACCUCCAAAAGAGCUGCUGUCUUCUGGGAUGAGGAUUUUAAUCUCCCUUCCUGCUUUGGGGUGUGAUUAACCAGGGCCUGUAUCUUUCCAUAAAAGGUCUGUUGUCAUUGUCUGCCUUGAAGAUUAAUGAAAGCUAGAUCCUGUCCUGGAAGAUCUGAGUGGUGUCUUUGCUUGUUAUGGGCAAUGGGGAUUAAUGAGGAGCUAGAGCCUGACCUGCCUAGUUGGGAAUCAGGAGUUGGUAUUGAGGUUUGGGGUUUGUGGGAAAUGCCUUGUUAGGAAGAAGUGGAAACUUGUAGCUAAGACUUACUUGACUGUGUGCUUGUGUAAACUUUGUAUCGAGGCUCUGCACAUAUCGGGAAGGUAGCUGUUCACAGUUGCUUUUUCAAGUAGUAGAUCAGGUGAACAAAUAGUGCAGAAAGUCUGUUAGCUGCUGUCACUGUAGUAAACUAUUGAUACAAUGUUCUUUGAGUAGUAGAAAGGUGUUCAAAAUUGUGGCAGCAUCUGGAUACACCAUUAACAUUGGCAAUAAUUUUUUUGAGAGGGAGGAAGAGAGAAAGAGAGAAAUAGUUUUUUGGGAAUACUGUCCACUUACAGAUUCUCCUGCCUUUUGAAUAUCUGUGCAAAUGAGCAUCAGGCCUUUUGGUUGUGGUAUUUGAGCGAGGAAAACAUUGUUUGAGUGGUGAAAUAGAAGGCAGCAUCUUGCUAAAAUCAUUCUUGAGGAUCAUGUUCCCUAAACUCAGUCUGAAUUAUUUUUCUUUCCGGCCAGUGCAAUGUCUUCAGUGUAUUUCCUCCUGAGAAAGCUGUGUGUCUUGAAUUUGGAAGAAGCAAAUUUUAGUGGAAAAUUGGUGGCUCUCAGCUGCCUGGCAAUAUCUGAAUUGCACUGAUGUCUGCAGGCAGGGACCUGUGACAGAGAGUCAUCUUCCUGAACUGCUUGAACUCAAGCAACUUUGUUGUGUGGCUGUUUUCUGAUCAUUCUUUCUUUAAUGGGGACACACUGCAAUAAUUUUUCUAUGUUCAUCUGGAAAACCUAUGAAUAUGCAGCUUCUGGGAUGUUAAGCUUGUUGCCUUAAGUGUUUUGAUAUUUUUCCUAAUUCUGGCGUCCUCUGCCAGAAUUCAGCCCGCUGCCUGCUUUUCUUCCCACUUUUCCACUUCCGGACUCCUUAGUUGAUGUCUUUUCAUUUAUAUGAGUUACCAGUGAAAGGUAAUUCUUGGUACUGUUUGAUGCCAGUGGUUGGGGUUUUGUGAUUCCUCUACUUUCAAGUGUUUUUCAAAAGCAUAUUUGUCUUUUUUUUUUUUUUUCUGUAGUCUUGUAGCGAGAAUAUGAUUAGGCAGUUACAAAGGCCUCUUGGAAGUACACUAUUGCAUGUUUAAAAAAUACUGUGUCCAUUCUGUGAAAGAUGUCAUGAUAAAUGGGUAGAACACUGAAUAAACAUAUGUACACUUAGGGCAUUGAGUAGAUGAAAGGCUAUAGAACAGCACUGGGAAUUUAAAUCUUACUAUUUUGUAAGAAUCUUCCUAAAGGCAAUAUAUAAGAAAGUGACAUUGUUCAGAGCUAAGAUAAGCUGUCAAGACAUGAAAUCUUAUUUGCCAAAUAUACUUUUAGUUUAGAUAAUCCAUUCUAGAUUGGCUAUGUUACCCUGUUUGCAGAAAAGAUUUAAUCAGGAUUGGAGACGAAUGAAAAGUUAACUUCUGGUGUCCUUUGAAGGUACUGAAAUUCCACAAGUAGGGUAAUUUUUUUAUUUUCUUCUUACCCUAUUUUAUUUUUUACAAAAAUAAUUCUGUUUCUUUAAUGUCAUAAUCAUGCAGUUGAAUAAGAAAGUUAGGUUAAGGUUGGAAAUGUGGGAAGAUUAUUGGAAUUUGGAAUUAAGUCCAGUGUUCAUUUGAAAUUAAUGAAGUAAACUGCUGUUAGAAAGCAAUUACAGAUAUUAAACUCCAGGAAGAAUAAAUGAAAGUUAAAAAUAUUUACUUGUGAAUUUAAAAAGCUGAAUCAUAAUUUAAUCAAGGAUAGUCAGUGCCAUGUCUUUAAACAUCGGAUGCAGUCCACUGACAAAGAAUUAGGGCAGUAAAGGUGUAAUAGUUAAUAAAAGCAAAGGUGGAUAAUUUGCUAAUCAAAUUAUAUUUGUAAUGUUAGUGGUUAGUUUGAAUUGCAAGUAUCAAGCCAAAUGUUGUGUCUGUAAUAGGUAAUAAGGAGCAAUAGGUAUAAUUUGCUAUGAAUUUGUAUGUUAUGUCUUGUCAUUUUAUAAGUGUUUGUUCUGAGCAGACUUAUAGGGAAGCAGAAUAGAAUGAAACAGCAAAGAACCAAAGGAAAGGACUUACCCCAUCUGGAAAUUUCCAGAUGGCAGACACUAAGGACUAUGGUCUAACCAAAACAUUGGUCUAACCAAAACAUUGGCUGAGCUCAGGUGGCGAGAUGGAGCCCGUGAAAGCAAGGACCAAUAUCAGGGGAGCCCGCGAAAGGAAACCCAAUAAAGAAAUCGAAAGAGACUUAAGGGGUGGAGAUAGAGGGGGGUAUAAAAAGUGGGGUGUGGGCUUGCCUUGGGGCAGACCGUUGGUGGAACAGGAGUUUCCCGGUCUCCCAGCGUGCUGUUUUGCUUAUUUGCUUUUAAUAAAUUUCUACUCUAUUUUAAAAAUAUAUCUGGUCUUUUGACUAUAACAAAGGUGAUUAUAUGGAAGAGCAUGUAUGUGCUUCUUAGAAGUAUAGUGGUUUUUUCACAGAAGCAGUGGAAGCCUUCUUUGUCACUUGAGGCCUUUAGAAAGAAUUAAUCAGUAGAGAUUAAUGAUGUGAAAUUCAGCACCUAAAUCUGAUUAUCUAGUUCCAUGAGUCAUUUAAAUGAGCAUCUGCCAGUAUUGCUCUGAAAGUCUCGUGCCAUCUUUGUGUUUUUCAUUUCCUUUGUGCCACCAAGAGUAUCUGUGUGGUUGUGCAGUGAAUUGAAUCUGGGAACAUACUUGGAUUAAAACUAUUAUACUUCUGUUGUCGGUAGCCUUAAUCACACCUUGCCCAUUUUCUUUCUCAGGCUUGUUGUACAGAGGUGGGGAUGGAUAGCUGGUGAGGAAAAAGUUGUGCACUAUUCUUUUGACAAGAGCAUCAGCUUAAACUGCAUCUACAGUCAGAGUAUCUUGAUCUAUUUGUAUUUCCUCCUCCCUUCAAUAAAUGUUUCUGGAGAGCUGUACCCAGUCCUCUCAGUAAUAUAACCCCAAAAAAUUAAGUAAGAAUUGUUUGCAUGUGUUACCUGCUGUGGCAUAUGUAAUUUUGUUCUCUACAGGGAAGUACUAAAUGUUGUCUUAACACACUUCUUUAUGAAGGCAGUAUUUUAUACACGCUGUGUUUGAUGCUGCUGUACAGAGAAGCUUGCUGUUUGUUUGGGAAGAAAUCAGUGAGCUUUUCUGAUGUGAGGACACUGAGAAAAUAAUGUGCCACAUAAACUCUCCCUGAAUCAAAACCUUACAUGUGACAGUCUAAGGUACCUCCAGAAUCUAGGUGCAAGGUAUAGAAACCAUGAGAAUCCAGCAAGAUAUGUGAGGAUUUUAUGUCUAUCUUGACUCUUCAUGCAACCAAAACUGUAUUUAUAGCACUUGUUUUUGCCAUAAAGUUUCUGGAGUCUCCUUCUGCUAGCAGUGGAAACCAGCUGAUGUUAUACUGUGCCUUCCAGGAAAAGUGAAUGGAAAGAAUUGAUGGAUAAGUGUGUAAGUGAAGAACAUCUGAAAAUACGUGCGUAAGACUUCAAGGAAGUACUGACUCUCUGGUUCUUGGCAAAGUGCAUUGACACUCUUGAUCCUUCUCCCCCCAGUCUAAGAUCAGGUUGCGGAUCCAGCAGGGAGGAUUUCUGAGGCCUUGGGAAGAGAAAGGAGCAAGUGAAGCUUUGCUGGCAGGAUCAGUCACCAGAGGGAAGCAGCCUGGAGAGGGUGUUUCAGGGUCACAGAAUGGGCCAUGAGUAGUUCGUGGAUUAAAAGGCUGCUGAUACCAGUAGGAAAAACUUUCUAUUAGCGGUUCAUAACUAAGAAUGAAAGCUUCUUCAGACAGGGAAAAGUUAACCUAAAGUGUGACAUCACAUUUGUGAAUGGUAGUCAGACAAAAAUUAUGCUUCAAGGUGCUGCAUGUGUUUAUGCAUUCAUGUGUUUUCAGGAGAUUGUAAAUUAAUGCAAAUUUUUUUUCCUGUAUUAUGUACAGUUGUUUGUGUGCUUUAGAUACUAUAUAAAGAUAUUGAAGAGGGUAGUAAAUGUUGCAAAAAAAGAAAUUGAAUAUGUACAAAUGAUGCUACAAAUGAUGACAAAUUGGAAACCUUCAGAGCUGGAGUAGAAACUUAGUAAGAACUGCUUUACAGUGAAUGGUUAGAUUUUAUUAAAUUUUUGAAUAAAAGUCAGGACAUUCCUAAGUUGAUGUUCCCACAGCAAUGGCAGCAUUUGCCUCUGAAGAAAAAGAAAUAGCAUGAAACACUUUUUAAAGCUUCAGCUCUACACACCAGUAUUAAAUCUCUUUAAAUGCUAAUGAAAAUUAUCUGCUGUUGAAAGUGAUUUGAAUCAGUAUUCAUUUGUUAUAAUAGAGCAGUGACUUCAAUUCUUUGCAAAUGUAAAUGAGUGUAAUUAGAGACUUGUAUCCAUUUACUUCUGCAAAGGGUUUGACCGUGUACCUGUUUCAAAAUGAAGAUAAAAAUAAUUGAGCAUAUUUUUACUCUUUGGUUUGCAGGCGUGGCAAUGGCAGAUUCUGCACGGUAGAGUUCAUGGCAAGUAUUUGUCUAAUAUAAGCCAAGCAAGACGCACAUACAAGCUUAAGACUGAAGACUGGAACGGCUAGAGGGAGGUGCAUAGCUGCAGCUCAAAGAAAAUGAAUGGCACACUGGAUCACCCAGACCAACCUGAUCUAGAUGCUAUCAAGAUGUUUGUGGGUCAAGUCCCAAGGAGCUGGUGUGAGAAGGAUCUAAGAGAACUUUUUGAACAGUAUGGUGCUGUCUAUGAAAUCAAUGUCUUGAGGGACAGGAGCCAAAACCCUCCUCAAAGCAAAGGGUGCUGUUUUGUUACAUUUUAUACCCGUAAAGCUGCACUAGAAGCACAGAAUGCUCUUCACAACAUGAAGAUCCUCCCAGGGAUGCACCAUCCUAUCCAGAUGAAACCAGCUGACAGUGAAAAGAGUAAUGUAGAAGAUAGGAAGUUGUUUAUUGGAAUGAUAUCCAAGAAGUGCAAUGAAAAUGAUAUCCGAGUGAUGUUCUCCCCCUUUGGGCAGAUUGAAGAAUGCAGGAUAUUACGGGGCCCAGAUGGCCUGAGCAGAGGUUGUGCAUUUGUGACUUUUACAACAAGAGCCAUGGCACAAACAGCAAUCAAAGCAAUGCACCAAGCACAAACCAUGGAGGGCUGUUCUUCUCCCAUUGUGGUAAAAUUUGCAGACACGCAGAAGGACAAAGAGCAGAAACGAAUUGCUCAGCAACUCCAGCAACAAAUGCAACAGAUCAGUGCUGCCUCAAUAUGGGGAAACCUGGCUGGUCUCAACACACUUGGACCCCAGUACUUAGCACUUUAUUUGCAGCUCCUUCAGCAGACAGCAGCUGCUUCAUCUGGGAACCUGAACACAUUGAGCAGCCUCCACCCAAUGGGAGGACUGAAUGCGAUGCAAUUACAGAACCUGGCUGCGUUAGCAGCUGCAGCCAGUGCAGCUCAGAACACACCGAGUGGUACCGCUGCACUCACUUCCUCCAGCAGUCCCCUGAGUGUGCUCACCAGCUCAGCAGGUUCCUCACCUAGCUCCAGUAGCAGCUCCUCUGUUAAUCCCAUGGCUUCUCUUGGAGCAUUGCAGACGCUGGCAGGGGCUACCGCAGGCCUCAACGUUAGCUCUUUAGCAGGAAUGGCAGCCUUAAAUGGAGGACUUGGCAGUGGUGGUCUUUCAAAUGGGACAGGUAGCACAAUGGAAGCCCUCACACAGGCUUAUUCUGGAAUCCAGCAAUAUGCUGCUGCUGCACUGCCCACACUCUAUAACCAGAGUCUCUUAACACAGCAGAGUAUUGGUGCAGCGGGAAGUCAAAAAGAAGGUCCAGAGGGAGCCAAUCUGUUUAUCUACCAUCUUCCCCAGGAGUUUGGGGAUCAGGAUCUGCUGCAGAUGUUCAUGCCAUUUGGAAAUGUCGUCUCUGCCAAGGUGUUCAUUGACAAGCAGACCAAUCUAAGCAAGUGUUUUGGUUUUGUAAGUUACGACAAUCCUGUCUCUGCACAGGCUGCCAUUCAGUCAAUGAACGGCUUUCAGAUUGGCAUGAAGCGUCUGAAAGUACAGCUCAAGCGCUCUAAGAAUGACAGCAAGCCAUACUGAGCAGCCUCCCCUCCGGGACUGGAGUGAGAAGGAUCUUCUGGUAAGUUGGAGAGGAGCGCACUUAAGUGAUUCGAAGCCCUAAGGCUGUGUUUUUACAGUCCUGGAAGCUGAUCCAUGCCUUCUAUCUGGCACAUCUUCCCUUGAAGACUCUGCUGCAGCCUCUGCUGAGAAUCCCGCUUCGGAUGGAGGACAAGUUUGUGCUUUUGUUUCCAGUGUUUUACUUUGGAGUUUAGGUGCCAUAUCGCUGAGGUUUUUUUGUUUAGUUUUGGGUUUUUUUUCUCCCUUAUUUGAAGUUUGCUGUGUUUGUAACCAGUGUGUGUUGAGAAGGACCAAUGCCAGCUCCUUGUGGGUGGGGAGGGAAGGUUAAAGGGAGCAGCAGAAACUGACACCACACUGCCUUGGGUAGAGAGGAGAAGGGAAAGCAGAAAUAACACAGAACAGCUGAUGAAAACAAAGAUAGGGAAGGAGAACAGUCUCGGGUGAAGAAGAACCGCCUCCACGUAGCCUUUGUCAUGCCCCAUCCACUCUUGGAAAUCUCCUUAACUAUAUGCCAUGGUGGGGAUUUAGUAAAUCAUCUCUAAAGCAGAAUACAGGCUAAAAGGGUAAACACAUUAACAAGCCAAAGGAAAACUGCAGUGUUGUGGUUUUGUUGUUUGUUGUUUUGGGGUUUUUUUUGCUGUAUAUAAAGUAGUGUUUAUAUAGCACUGUGAAUGUACACAGCACUUUAUAAAAUUAUUAGAUAAUGUCUUUGCCCAGAAAAUUUCACUGUCCAUUUACGGUGGAAUAUUAAUGAGAUGCAGUGAAUUUCUUCAUAUAUAAGAAACCAUAUCCUAUGUACUUCAUCUAGGUUUUGUGGAAAGGUAGAGACAACUUAGUCUGGAUGAAUAUAUCUGAGGCUGGAAACAAACUUUUGGUCCCUGGUAACCUGCAGAAGUUUUUUGACAAUUUUUCUUCUUAACAGUUGAUCACAUUCCCCGUUUCUGUGGAAUAAUGUCCUUUUUUGCAGAGAUAGCUAUAAAUAUCUGCUCAUAAGCAUAAUGUAAGUGCUGAUUGUUUAUUGAAAUGAUAACUUCCUGUUUUGUUGAGGGGUUUUUUUGUUGUUUGUUGGGUUUUUUUAACAAACAAAACAAUUUGUGCAGUGACAUGGUCUAGUAAUUAGGUGUUUCUUUAUACUGCAGUUUUCCUUUAAGGUGGUGUGUACCAGUGCAGAACAGGCUAAUCCAGGAGCUGUGGAACCAGAGUAUUGAGCCAUUCAGUCUUUUGCUGCCUUUUGGUACUAGCUGUUAUCUUCUCUAUUGAAGGAAAAUUGAACACACCCUUAAGUGUACACACACUUAUUCUGCAUAUUAGUGUAAUUGCUAAUGCCUUGCUAAGGGUUUUUUGUUAUUCACUGGUUUUAGGAGGCUCAAAGGACUUUUGACACUCUGGCCUGAGCUGUUAUAAGAAAUCGGUGUAGAGUUCCAUUUUAUAACCACCAAAAUCCACCUCUGUCACAAGAGGAAGUUUACAAUUUCUGUAUGUCUUUAAUAGAGGUUCAGUUUACCUCAUAUUUUCUUCUUUUCCUUGUUUUCUUUGUAUUCCUGGUUUGUGAGGCUGUUUCCCAAGGCACCAGCUAACACUGCAAUCUGGGAGCCAGCUGCUAGAUGAUGAGUGCCUGGGUCAGAGAUGGGGUCAGAAGUUUGUUUUCUGCUCCACCAGGAGGAGCACUAAACCCAUCAAACCUGAGAUCUCAGUCAGAAUCCCCACUUGUGUGCAAUGAUCUGUUGGGAAUGUCAGGCAUUUCCAGGAACUGGGCCCUCUGUGCUCUCAAACCUCAGAAAACAAGGCCUGACCUGUACCAUCCAAGGGGAGCCCUUUUCACUCUUAGAUUGAAAAUCCAACAGUUGAUGUCAGUCUGUCCAUAUUGAUGGCAGACAGAUAAAUCUGUCAGUAUUAUUCAAAUCAUUUUGUGGUGACAAAGUUUCAAAGGCCAGAUUGCCAAAUUUCCCAGUUAUGCUGGCAUGUGGUACCCUUCUAUGUUAAUUAUUUGAAUCUCUCUAGAAACGUAAACAUACACUGAAGUGAACCAUGUACACUUGAAUUCUGCACCACGGGAAAGAUGUGUCCUGGUUUUCUGAGAAAAGAGUGUUGGAGUGUGAAGGCCUCCAGGGUGAUAAUGGGAUUUUUUUAUAUAUAUAUAAAUAAUAUACUUUUCAGAAAAAGAAAAAAAAAAAAACAGGAAAAAAAAACAUAGUUGGGAGCAACUGCUCCAAGUGCAACCUGCUGUAACCAAGAAUGUUGUUUCUAUUUUUAUAGAAGUUUUAUACCGCUCCAGGGUGGAGAAUAUUUAUUACCUAAAUUAUUUCACUGGAAAAAAAGGCCAGGGUUUUGUAGAAUCCUGAAUGUGAUUGUUUAACACACAUAAUGAUGUGCAUGAUUGAAACUACUGAUUUUCAGUGGCCUGUUUGCAGCCCAACAACUGCUAAAUGAGGAAGAUGAAUGCUGUGAAGCAGUGGAGGAGAGCACUGUGCUCUGGGGUCUCUACAGUCACUCUUACAUUCUGUGCACCCUACCCCACUGUACUGUCCAAGACCUUUGUCCUGUUUUUCUUUUAACCUGAUGCUCUGGCCUCUCUACUAGUCAUUUCAGUUGCCCAAAAUUAGAUAUUUUAGCUUCUUCAUCCUAUAGUGUGUCCUCAAUACUGUAACUGAUGGAUCAAGCUUGGCAUUGUUGCAAAUAGGUGUGACUCCUAUUGACUUCAGGAGAUUCACCAGUUUACACUGUGGCUUAGUUUGAUCAGUGACUCCUCCCAGACAUAAUCACCUUAAAGUCACCUAACUUGGGCUAGCUCUUGUGCCUUACUGGCAUAACUAUAAGUAUUGCCAAAAAGAAAAGGAAAAUAAAUCUAUGCAGGUUAAAUUUUAAAAGAUGUGAUCCUCAGAUGGUUUGAAUCAAUGCAGUUCAGCUCUCUUCAGUAGAGCUGCAUCAGUUUUCACCAGCUGAAGAUGUUGCCCUUUUUUGUGUAUUUGUUUCAGAUUUCCCUUUCUUGGUGUAUCAAUGUGUAUGUUGCCAAAGUUAAUAAAUGUAUCAAGUUUGUGACUUGGGCAGAUUUUUUUUCUGUUAACAGAACUGAUCAGAUAAAGUCAACAUUUCUGUGUCUGUUUGGUGGCUGCCGCUGAUUAUGGAGAUUUAGGCUGCUCUUGCUUUUCAGUCUUAAGCCAGUUUUCUUCCUCACUCAUUGGCAGAAAAGUCUGGGAUUUGGGGUACUUGGGGCUUACAUAUUUUAUUUUAUUCUUAAUUCAUAUCAUGCUCUCAUUCAAGUGCAAAUCAAAUCAGUGUCAAAUAAUUUAUUUCCUGGAUAGCAAGAUAAAAAUUGGUUGGGUUCAAAUAAACUGCAGAAGGUUGCCUGAAGUAGCCACAUAGACAAAGUAUGCUGUAUGCUUAAAACCAAAGAACCUGCAUUUUCCACAACAAAAACUAGAAGGACUUCAGAUGAAAUACAGUUCCUUAUUACACGUGCAACCAGCAAAUAUUGAACAUAUCUUAAGUUACAAGGUGUGAUUAUCUACUUCAUAGAUUUAUUUUUUUCUCAGGAGAUACUUGAUUUUACUGCUGUAAUAAGGUGAAAGUAUUACGAACUUAGUCUGACACUACUUAGUGUCAGUAUUAUAGUAAUUGAAAUCGCAGGUUUUUCAGUCCCCCAGAUAAUCAGCAGUCCAAAAUAGGAUAGCUCUUUGAAAUUUAAUUUUUUCUUCCAGUAAUGCAAAGCUUGCAUUAUUAAAAAAUUCCUUUGAUAGAAAGUAACUAAAAUUUAAUCCUAAACAGAAUGAGGAUUGGAAUAUUUUGGAAAUAUUUGAUUCAAAAAUGGGGAAUAUCUAUUUAUGUUUUGUUGGUAAGGUAGUUUCCUAGCUGUGGACAUUGCUGUCUGGAAAACAGGCACCUCAGAAAACAUUUCACUGGCAAAUACAUGUAUCAAGAAAAAGCUUUCACCUGAAUACUGCAAGUCAUGUAGCAUGAUAAUUCUAUUGUGCAAGCUGAAUCUAACCAAACUGUUCUUUCUUGUUAAUGAUUGUGAGUUAGGGAAGAACAGCCAAACAGAAUGAAGGUGUUCCUGUUUCAUUUGGAAAUAUCUAAAAACAACUUGUAUAAAGCAAAUUUCAAAUGAAGGCUGCAACUAUGAACAUGUAAAAUGCUUUGAAAGCCUCUUGUUGCAGGCAUUUAAUGUUUUAUGUCCCUGAGCAUACCUAGCACAAAAUAUGAAACACAGAAGGCAGAUUUAUCACUGUUGCGAAAACUAAGCAAGGACAAACUGGAAUAACUUUCUCCAAGUCUUUUAAGUUCUUGUCCAGCAUCUCAUGGUUCUGUUCUUGUAGGCCAGUCUUUCCAUAGGACUUUGAUGAAACUUAUUCUUUCCUCUCAACAUUACUAAGUGAAAUAUUUGAAAAAUUUCUAUUAAAAAAAACUCAGACAAAUCACACAGGGGAUUUGGAUGGUACAUGCAUAGACGUGACUUGAUUUCAUGCUCCUUAUUGUUUUUCAUGCCUCAGUUCAUGAGAACUUGCCUUUCUAGUUUAGUAGUGAAACCUCACACUUGUCUGCAAACUAUCUAGAGUAUUUCUAGAAAUAUAGAAAUAACUGCGAGAGUUGCAUUGUACUGUUUGCUGGAGUUGGUUUAAACUCUAUACUAAGUCCUUUCCUUUUGUGGGAAAGCAUGAAGAGCAAAUUAAUCUCAGCAGUUCUAAUAAGAGGAGUGUUGCCAGUUUAGUGGACAAUGUGCUUCUUGUUUCUUUGGAACUAGAAACAACACUUGUUAUUCUCAAAUAUGCUAUAAAUGCUGUAAGAUAAUAUGCAAAUCUCACCUUGUUCUAGUCUCUAACCAGCAGCUUUGACAUGUGCUGAAGACUAAGGCCACAAACAGGAGGGGAAUUGGAGGAGUGGGGAGGCAGGAAAAGAAAACAUCACUUCCUCUCUCCUCUACCUCCCACUCUCAACCCAAAAUGUUCCUUGUCACUUGCAGAUCACAAACUGAGGGGAGGGAACAGAGGUAUUUAUAUCAGUUAAUGUAAAAAUUACUUUUAUAUAAACUCUUCAAGAAAACUUCAGGAAACACAUUUUUUUCUGCUCAUCAAACUGGCAACAGUGACUGUAGAGCUUCUCAGAGCCCAGAAUCCCCUCCUCACGAAUUCAGGGAGCUGGGGGCAGUUACAUAAAAAGUUGGGAACGGAAAAUCCCUGUGCAGGUCUAAUGGUAUGAAAAGUGCGCAGCUAGGACAAGUCUUAACUUGCAGUCAAGUCUUAAAGAAUUCUUCUCUGAUGUGUGGGCUUUUUGUCUUGUAUAAUUUUUUUUUUCCCCUUUUCCAAAUCACCUACCCCCAGUUUCAUGGGCUCCUAGGGGAUGAGAAGGGACUGUAGCUGAAGGACUUGCUGGGCUACUACUGCCUAAGAACUUCCAAUGUUAGAGUGCAAGAAAAGUCUCAACCGUCAAACCACCUGUGAAUCCCUUGUGUCCUCUGUCUUGUCUCUCAUGGUCUCAGUCUCUGUGGCCAAAUGUUAGCCCUGGAGUCAUAUUUUUUUGAAUCGGUCUCCUGGGGAGGGAGCCUGCUCCGUUCUUCUCCUAAACAGAGGUAGUGGAGACACUGGGCACGGGGUAAGGUGAUUGCAUGCUAAUCAAUGUGUCACUAGGCUGUGGAAUGCUCCACAGGCUGGGUGCUGAGAGGGAAAUCCAGGCCUCUGCUUCCAUUUGGUUUCUGGCAGUUUGAUGUUUACUUGGUGUCCUUCAUGUACUUUGACUUUUACUUGUCCAUCGUUGGCAUGUGCUGCCCUUCCCUGUCAACUCCCUUCCCCAGGAGAUCUCAUUGUACAGUGCCCAUUCUUGUUCUUUCUCUCUGUGUUUGGAUGUACUGCUCUGUGUAACUCAGUGGGUCUCCCUCUUUCUGGUUUGUUUUUUUUUCUAGAUUCCUGCCGUUUGUUCAUCGUUGUGCCUAAAGCAUGUCGAUGUGGCGUUCAAGUACAUCGUCCAAAUCCUUGUCUCUUCAGCUUCUCUGAUGCUUGAACUCUCACCUUUGACCUUGUGUUGACCUUUGAUGCUGAUGUGUAUUUUUAUUACGUUUGUUUCUUUCCUUUUUUUUUUUUUGUGCUGCCAAAUUGGUUUUGCUAGAAAGACUGCUGAAGGGGAAUAUUUAAACUUGCAUUUGAAUAUAAAAGAAUUUCUAUUUUUCUAGACCUUCGUAAGAUAACCACUUGAUUUUGUGAAUUUGAUUCUUUGUAAUUGUCUUCAGAGCAGCCUUGCUAGCAUACCUUGUGGAGUAUUUGUAUUUCUGUGAACAUACAGCCAAUCACUUUCUAGGCUUAGUUUUUUCUGUGUGCUUAGUUUUAAAAACACAGUUCGAAGAAAAAGUCAGUUAUAUGGUGUGACUUAAUCUUUCAGGAGACUUCUUAGUCACAUUUUGCUGAUUUGGUUUCUGUACUUGAGGAGACAGCAUGUGUUUUUAUGAGUUCAAACUUGUGACUUGAAGUGGCAUCAACAGAAAACACUUGAACUACAUUUUCUUCUGAUUGUAGCUACAUUUUUGCCCUGGCAUUUACUGAUUUUUUUUUUUAAUUAUUAUUAUUUUUCCCUCGCUUCCCUGUGUGAUUAUCAGUCUGCAGUGAAAAUUUGAUCAAAGUUGAUGUUGUAUUUUGUUAAGCUCCAGCAUGCUUGGUUUCUUUGUAACUACAAUCUCCUCAGCAAAAUGUGAUGGUUUUGUUUUAAUCUUUCAAACUAAGAUAGUGCCCAGAAAUGUUUUGCAUGUUUCCUGCUGUUUCUUCACACCCUCGUAUAUAUCACCUUCACCUCUCUGUUUUCUAUAGUUUGUGCAAAAACUGAGCAAUUUAAUGGGUUUCAAAGGUAUCCUUUAAAUUGGUGGUUUUGGUAUGACAAAUAUCUGAUCAGAAGCCACCUGAGGGCAUCUACCUGUGCACUUAGACUGUCUGCCUGACAGAGCACCUGGACCUUGUUCCAUAUCCAGUGCUGUCAGAGGCUCUGAGGGUGCUUGGUUGCACUACUCAUGUAGUGAAAGUUUUGGUGGAAGGGGAUAGCUGGGAACAGGAAGGUGGGGGAACUUCACAAUAUUUCAGUUUCCAAAGUUAUGUGAAGCCAAUGCUCCUUUCAAACGCUUUACUAUAAGCAUUUUGUACAAGUCAGGGCACAUUUCUGUGAAGUCCAUCCCCAGUUUAAUACCAUCAGUCAGAGCUUGGUGGCAGGAUUCUGGAAGAAUCUAGGUUAGCUCAUGAAACGAAGUGUUUAAAAUAUCCCAGAGAAAGCAUUUGUAAACCUGAUCCUAUAACUGCUGGCUCUUUUCCCAAGUGACAAGCACAAUUCAACAGCCUCUGAAGCUGUUACCUGAACAGGGUACCAUCCCCAGCUCUCUUCUCAAGGGCCUUAGCUGGGGAAUCUCUGCGGAGAUUUUUUAAUUUUUGUUUAGUUUUUAAUUGGGUAAUGAGCUGAGCAGUUUUGCUGGCUUGCAGGAUGAACUAGAACAGGUUACUGCUCUCUGGGUAGCAGGCUUCCCCCUGCCCUACGUAUCCGUCUGCACAGGUAGGAACUGGGAAGUAGCUUGUAGAUGAAGGCACCUGAAGAGUGUGUGCUGUGAUGAAGUUUCAGUCAGCAGCAGCAAGCUAGUGUAGGUAUCUUAACAGUAGAAAUAAUGUGAAAUGAAAUCCCAGGAGAAGGGUUUUUGCUGAGAAAACAAAUAGAGUUUGAUUGGAUAGAAAUCAUAAUUUUGUCCAGUGUUCAGGAUAAUGCAAAGAUGUAAAGAUUUUUUUCUACCCUAGUCCUGAGUUGGAUGAGGAUACUGUAUUCUUAAUAGGUGUUGACCAGACUUGUGUAGACAGUCCUUAAUCUGCUUAUAAAACAUAAAGAACAUGUUUGGAUAUGGUACAUAUACCUGGGAGUGAAACGUGAGGCUGGAUGAGAAAAGGGUAGAGAUUUAUUUAUUUGGGAAGUAGGGUUGUGGGCUGGCUGCUGUUAGUCCCACAGUCUGAAUGCACAGGGCUGUGUGCCGGGGGGCACUGAUACCCUGCAGUGUAUGGAGUAACUAUCAAUAUGUUUCUGUACAUGCGCAUUUGGUUCCAUAAGGAACUUUGGGGAAACCUGUGGAAAAUUAUCUGAAGAAAACCAAAAUGCCAAAUGUUGGGUGUUUCUUUCCUUUCUUCUUUCCUUUUCUUCCUUUGGUUGUUUUAAUUGUUCUGUGGUGGUUUUAAUGGAUUUGAGACAGUGGAGCAGCAGCUGCCUUUCUGAUUUUUGGCUGCUUUUUGUGAAUAAUUUAAAAAGAAAAUUUACAUUUUGGAGACAAACCUGUGGGCUUUUUUAUUGGUACAAACAUUGUAUUUAACACUAGGGGUUUUGUACAGUUUUUUGCCUUUUCUACUAGAAAACAAUGUAAAGUGAUUCACAAUGUGACGAGAAAACAAAUUGCCACUAUGACCAAAUGUAGAGUCUGUUCUGCAGUAACAGGAUUUAAUCAACUCGAAGUCGUGGUUCAGUUGUAGAAAUGCUUUUCUUUACCUUGUUUGAGCUGUUCCUUUUUUUCUUGUUUUGAUUUGCAAAACAAAAUGUCUUUUUGUGUGAAAUUGUGUUGUACUCUGUAGAGAAUUUACUUUAAUGGUUUAAAAAGCAGAGGAGCGCAUGUUGCUUUUCUGAUCUGAUCACAGAGUUUGUGUAGUGGAUUUAAAAAUGAAAAGAUUUGUUACAAGUUUGGAACAAGCGAGUAUGUGUUAAAGGAAUUUUCUUCCUUUUGUGUGUGUGUGUGUUUUUUUUUUCUUUUUGUCCCAAAGGGCAACUUAAAGCUGUUUUAAUUGCACAGACACACCAACAACAAGUCAUUUUGUAUAUGCCAAGUGUGGUACCUUCCUUUGUUUAUUUGCUAUUAAACUGUUUGAGAAGA